AUAUAAGCAGUGCGUACCGUCAUCGCUUGCUUCUGCUUCUGUAACGCCCAAGAAAGUUCUCGGCUUGUUUUCUGAAGUACUGUCUGGUUUUGAAUCUCUACCCAUCCUGCUCCGGCAUCAAACAUCAAGCCUGAUCAGGUACACUUCCUAAGCAUGCUAGACGUUUCGUAGAAUUUAGUUUUGUAAAGCACAUUAGGUGUCCUUCGCCGUUGUAGAGCGAGGGAGUUUGUAUAAUUCCGUUCGCCGAUGGCUGUUGAGUAUGCCAGGUUGGACUCCGGGAGCAUGGCGGCAAAGUUACUGUUCCUAGUCCUCUGUCUCUGGUGCCCGGGAAUGAUUUCUUCGAGCGGCUUAGUAAGAAUAGCCUUGAAGAAGCAACCACCCGAUCUCUUCAGUACGAGUGCAGCUAGCAAUAACGGCAGAGCCGGAAAAUACGUCAAAGCGCAUCAGGGUCAUGCGGCUUCAGAUGAUUUUCCUUUAAAGACUUCCUUAGAUGCUCGAUAUUUUGGAGAGAUAGGAAUCGGCUCGCCUCCUCAAAACUUUCGCGUCAUCUUCGACACCGGCAGUUCCAACCUUUGGAUACCUUCAUCAGACUGUAUCUUCUUCUCUAUGGCUGGCUUUCUGCAUUCUAGAUACAACGGUAGCCAGUCCAGUACAUAUAGACCAAAUGGAAAACAUCGCAAGAUCCCGUAUGGAUCUGGAUUCAUUUGGGGGUAUUUCAGUGAAGAUAUCGUGCGCAUUGGGAAACUUCAAGUGAAGAAUCAAGUCUUCAUUGAAGCUGUGACCGAAUGGAGUCUUACUCUCACAUUGGCGAAAUUCGACGGGAUACUCGGGCUUGGCUUUCGAGAAAUAUCAGCCGCAAACGCUUUGCCAAUUUGGUACAACAUGGUGCAGCAAGGUUUAGUUAGCCAAAAGGUCUUCUCUUUCUGGCUGAAUCGAGGUUCGAAGUCUGAUAAGGGCGGAGAAAUUGUUUUCGGAGGUGUCGAUCCAAAACACUUCAAGGGCAAUCACACUUAUGUUCAGGUCACUCAAAGGGGUUACUGGCAGAUUUCACUUGAAGAUUUUCUCAUUGGAAACCAGUCUACAGGGGUCUGCAGUGGUGGUUGCGCUGCCAUCGUGGAUUCAGGCACAUCGUUCAUUGCUGGACCGACGGCAAUUCUGGCCAAAAUCAAUGAAGCAAUCGGUGCGAAAGGACUCGUGAGCAUGGAGUGCAAGCAAGUGGUGUUCGAGUACGGGGAUCAGAUGUGGCAUCUACUGAUAUCCGGUCUGGAACCCGAGAAGGUCUGCUCGAGCAUUGGUCUCUGUUCUAAUAACCACUCAUGGCACGGCAGCAAAAUGAUCGAAGAGGUAGUCGAAAGCGAAAGUGCCGGCAAAUCAAAAGACGGUGAGAACUUCUUCUGCUCAGCUUGCAAGACGGCAGUUCUGUGGAUCCAUACCAAGCUGCUACAGAACGGCACUAAAGAAACGAUAUUCGAAUACAUCGACAAGUUGUGCGAGCGCUUGCCAAAUCUGAAGGGACAAGUAGCUGUCGACUGCGACAGCAUUCCGAGGAUGCCGCCCGUUUCCUUCAUCAUCGGAAACAAAUCUUUCGAAUUGAAUCCCAAACAGUACAUAAGGAAAGUCCAACGAGGAGGUUCGGCCAUCUGCGUCAGCGGGUUCGUGCCCUUGGAAGUCCCUCCUCCUCAGGGCCCCCUCUGGGUGCUGGGAGAGAUCUUCAUGGAAGCAUACCACACCGUGUUCGACUUCGGCAAUCGCCGCAUAGGAUUCGCGGACGCGGCGCAGUAUUAGCAGGGCAUCGCCUCGCGCAUCGGCACUAGAUUGUACGUCAAGUAAUCGGCACUAGUAUGUAGAGCUCGAAAAGAGAAGGGAAGAUAGGC